UUGGCUGGUGGCGGUAGGGUCUUGCUCGGGACAGUUGGGCACUCCCUUCGCUACUAGAGGGGAACAGGAUAUUAUUGAUGUGCUUCAUGACAUGGAAGACAGGAACCUGAAGGAAUAAUAUUGUGCUCAAUAGAUGUUAAUAUUUUAUUAGAAGUUGAUUCUGGUAAAAUCGGACUAACGCAUCCCAUUGCACCCUCCAUCAUCCAUCCAUCAUGAGUUCCUGGGUUGUGAACAGGAAAGGAGGGCUGCGGUACUGCCACCACUUCCUCACAGACAACAGCAUCUUUCAUGUGGAGCGAUGUAUGAGUGCCAUGCAGUCGGGGACACAGAUGGUGAAGUUGAAGGCUGGUUCCAAGGGGCUGGUGAGACUGUUCUACCUGGACGAACAUCGCUCAUGCAUCCGAUGGAGACCCUCACGCAAGAGCGAGAAGGCCAAGAUCACUAUUGAUUCGCUGUACAAGGUGACGGAGGGCCGUCAGUCAGACAUCUUCCACCGCCAUGCGGAGAACAGUUUCGACCCGGCCUGCUGUUUCACCGUUUAUCAUGGCAACCACAUGGAGUCCCUGGACCUGGUGACCUCUAACACUGAGGAGGCUCGGACCUGGGUGACAGGACUACAAUACCUGAUGGCUGGCAUCAGUGACGAGGACUCACUGGCCAAACGACAACGGACACAUGACCAGUGGAUGAAGCAGACGUUUGAGGAGGCUGAUAAGAACGGGGAUGGUCUGUUGAACAUGGAGGAGAUCUACCAGCUACUGCACAAGAUGAACGUCAACCUGCCCCGCAGGAAGGUCAAACACAUGUUCCAGGAAGCGGACUCGGAUGACCAACAGGGCACGUUGACAUUUGAGGAGUUCAGUGUGUUUUAUAAGAUGAUGUCUCUGCGGCGGGACCUGUAUCUGCUGCUCAUGGGAUACAGCGACAGGAAGGACCACCUGACUGCCGAAGAGCUGGCCAACUUCCUGCUCAACGAACAGAAGAUGGUGAAUGUGACUACAGAGUACUGUCUGGAUGUCAUUGAAAAGUUUGAGCUGUCUGAAGAGAACAAACAGAAAGGCAUUCUGGGAAUUGAGGGUUUCACCAGUUUCAUGCGCAGCCCCACGUGUGAUGUGUUUAACCCUGAACACCAUGAGGUGAACCAGGACAUGGAUCAGCCUCUGAGUAGCUACUACAUCUCCUCGUCUCAUAACACCUACCUGACGGGAGACCAGCUGCUGUCUCACUCCAAGACAGACAUGUACGCCUGGGUACUACAGGCUGGCUGCCGCUGUGUGGAGGUGGACUGUUGGGAUGGUCCUGAUGGAGAGCCCAUGGUGCAGCAUGGUUACACUCUGACCUCCAAGAUCACCUUCAAGUCUGUCAUAGAGACCAUCGAAAAAUACGCCUUCAUCAGCAACCAGUACCCAGUGAUCCUGUCCAUAGAGAACCAUUGUAGCAUCCAACAACAGAAGAAGAUAGCCCAGCACCUCAGAGAGAUCCUGGGAGACAAGCUGGACCUGGGAGAGGUUUCUCUCUCUCUCUCUCUCUCUCUCGCUCUCUCUCGCUCUCUCUCUCUCUCUCUCGCUCUCCAGGGGAAGCGUCUCCCUCCCUACCUGUCUGUGGAUGUUGAGGAGGGGGAGGUGUCAGAUGAUGACGACAGUGCUGAUGAGAUUGACGACAACUUUAAACUAAAGAACAGCAAUAGUAAUGGUAACCACCAAGUGGAAAGUUACAUCAGGAAGAAGCUGGACUCUCUGUUGAAGGAGGCUCAGAUUGGAGACAAGGAGGACACGGACAGCUCCAGCAUCAGAGCCCUGCUCAGAGCCACACACGUGGGCUUGCAGAAGAACGUACCGAAUCCCAAAGAGGGACUUAAAAAAUCCCAAAGUCGAUCAUUCAUCAGCAACAUCAAGCAAAAGAGACACUCUAAAUCCAGGCUGAAGUCCCAGAGUACCGAUGGAGAGGAGGAAGGACAGGAGACCUCUGGGAAAGAGGCGGGAGGACAGAUCACCAGGGGAGGGAGGAAAAGGAAGACGAUGAAGCUGAGUAGAGAUCUGUCAGACCUGGUUGUUUUCACUAACUCUGUGGCCUCUCAGGAGGGACUGGACGACAGUACUCCUGGGAAUGUUCUGUCAUUCAGUGAGACUCGUGCCCAGCAGCUAGUGAACCACAGAGCUGAGCGCUUCCUGUGUUUCAACCAGCGACAGCUGUCUAGAAUCUACCCCUCAGCCUACCGUAUAGACUCGUCCAACUUCAACCCUCAGCUCUACUGGAAUGUGGGCUGUCAGCUGGUGGCUCUGAACUACCAGACAGAGGGUCGGAUGAUGCAGCUGAACAGAGCCAAGUUCAUGGUGAACGGUGACUGUGGCUACGCCCUCAAACCUCCACCCAUGUGUAAAGGCUCGUUCAACCCGUUCAGUGACGACCCCCUCCCUGCCUACCCCAAGAAACAGCUGGUGCUGAAAAUCAUCAGUGGACAGCAGCUUCCCAAACCACCAGACUCUAUGUUGGGGGACCGAGGAGAGAUCAUUGACCCGUUUGUAGAGGUGGAGAUCAUCGGCCUGCCAGUGGACUGCUGCAAGGAGCAGACUCGAGUAGUGGACGACAACGGUUUUAACCCCGUGUGGGAGGAGAACUUGUCCUUUACCCUCCACAUGGCGGAGGUGGCUCUGGUGCGUUUCCUUGUCUGGGACCAUGACCCCAUCGGACGAGACUUUGUGGGCCAGAGGACUGUGGCCUUCAGUAGCCUGAUGCCAGGUUAUAGACAUGUGUACUUGGAGGGGUUGACUGAGGCGUCAAUCUUUAUCCACGUUUCAGUUCAUGACAUCUAUGGGAAGUGGAAUCCACUAGUCCUGAACCCCAGCUUUACCAUAAUGCACUUUCUAGGAGCCCACAAGGGUCGUCAGCUGCGAGGCAUCAGAGGUUUAUUUAACAGGCCCUCUAAGUCGUCAGUAGACACCAGCUGUGGUUCGGCCCUCAGGAAACGCUCCAUCAGUGACCACCUCCUCCGACGCACCGCCAGCGCCCCCGCCAACCGUCGCAAGAAAACCAAGAUGAAGCUCGCUGAGUCCUCCACCUCCAUAUCGGACCGCAAGGCCUCCAUACCAGACGGCAAGGACAGAGUGUGGGCCGGAGCAGGGGCUGGGGGGGAGGGGUCCCAGAACAGGGAAAGGGACAGGGAGGGGGUAAUGGUGGAGAGACGCCCAACACCCCUCACCCACAGGCCCAUCUCCAUGCCCCUGGAGAGGCUACUGCAGGGACAGCUCUCCCUCUGCUCCCCCGACCAGGAGCAGACUGACCUGGGUGCAGACACACUCAUCGGAACGUCCCCCUUUAACCAGCCCGGGUCCCACUCUGUGGAACUCGUCGUCGAAUCAUCCGCCUCCCUUGAGCACAAAGUGUUCACCCCUUCCAUCAAUCACAACAACGCACAGGAUAACACCACCGAGUCUGACCAAUCAGAUGAGACCUCCUACCUGGUCAUUGGCCGAGGAGGAGGGACUGUAGAUGGUGACUCCAAAGACCAAUCACAAGACAGAGUCAACCCACUCAGCAAAGCUGAGGAUGUUUCUUCUCGCCAAAGGACAUUGUGUCACCUCAGCAGCUCAACAGAGACAGAGAGCAACUGUUUACACGUACCAAGUGAGAGCAGACCAGAGACAACAUUACUUAGUACAACAAACACAGCAACUUCCUCCUCUCCUUCCUCUGAGCUCCCCAUCUCCCUACUGAAUGUGGACCGGUCCGAUCUGCAGAGCCCCGUCCCCCUACAGGACAGCAUCAUCUCACAUCUCAUUGACGCCGUAUCUCUCAGCAACGAUACCACCUACGGGUCUAUUUCCGCUCUGAUUGGUCAGUUUGACCUCAUCGGCGACCAGAAUGAUUUCACAAUGAACUCUGACCCCCACACCCUCAGUGUCAUGUCCUGUCUGUCCGAUCCUGCUGUCUGGGACUCCAGCACACCCUAUAAGGUUACCAUAGACUAUACCACCCAAUAUAAAGACCCACACACCAUCGCCUCCCCCCGCAAGGCAAUGAACGGACCUAUCACUCCUCGAAAAGCAAGCCAGACCCCUAACCACGCGAACCAGAAUCUACUCUCACCCCACCCCAAAACCUCCCACACAGACCCCAAUGCCCCCCUUCUCUUCUCCAGUCCUGAGACCACGGAGCUGGAGGAGGUCUAUACCAUCCUGGAUGAGGAGGUCUUGUCUCCAGUCUCUGUCUACAACCUGAAGAAGCAGACCAUCGGCAACAUCCAGGCUGACUCUGAGGAGAGCACACCCAUGGGAAGCCUGGAGCCUUCCCCAGCCAAGGUGCCUCCUCUCCUGGGGGUAGAAGGCAAUGGCAGCUGGGUGGGCUCACGGAGGGGUGUGGUGGAGGAGAAAGGAGAGGGCUACGGGGGUGAGUGUGAUCCUAAAAGGUUGGGGUCAGUGGGAGAGUGGGGGUUGUCGUGGGGUUACACGUGCUCGUCCAACAACAGUACAGUGUCUGACCAAUUCCUGUUGUGCCAUGACACGGAAGGAAGUAGUCUGAUGGAGGUGGAAAUUAACGUGGACGAGGAUCCACUGGAGAUGACCCUGACAUUACCGAGACACAACCAUACCUGGGUCGCUACCAGCCCAACCAAAUGCUACGCUGCUCCUCAACUCCAGCUCUCCCAAUGUUCUUCACCCGUCAAACAGCCCUCACACCAGCCCUCCCCCUGCAAAGGGCCCCCCAACCCCAGCCCCCUCCUCCUGAACAGCCAUCCUUCCACUCAUAGCAGACACAUUACCAGAGCCUUCACCCAGCAGCACAGUUACAAUGGUCCCACCCAGCCCCAGACCAGGAGCUACCAGGGUGGGACAGGGGAAGGACAGGGUCAGAGAGAAGCGUCAGCCUGCUUCCAGAAUGGGUUCUCCUCCUCAGAGUGUCUGUCUGUUCUUUCUGGUCCAAGGUCUGUUAGCCUCCCCAGAGACAGAGGCCUGUACUCCCCCAGCUCAGACUGUAGUGUGGACUCCAGCCAGCGAGACUACGACUGCUUCAGACACUCCACUGCCUCGGCCUCCCACUACACCCAGCCCCAACCCCAUCCCAAAACAGACACCCAGCUCCAACCCCUGACCCAAACCCAAUCAGACACCCAGCCCAAGCCACAAACUCAGCUCCAACCCCAAUCUGGUCGCCCACCACUGCCCCUUUUGGGCUCCACCCUCACCCCUCCUCUACCUAUCCUCAGACCAUCCACAGCCCCCAGCCCCUGCAAGUCCAAGUCUCUGGGUGACCUGACAUCUGAGGACAUCUCCUGCAACUUCCGCAGCAAGUACAACAUCAUCAGCCACAGCUUUAUCACCCCCUGUAUGAGUGAGCGGAGGAGGAUGAGGGGCCUGGGAGGUCUGUCCCAACGGCUGCAGUCUGCAGACCCCCUCACUGAGCAGUUACGCAAACUAGUCACCCUAGAGGGGGAUGACAGAGACGGGGACAGACCCCAGUCACCCCAGCUUACCCAGUUACCUCAGUUACAGAUACCCCCCAAACCCUUCAUACCCCCAUCCUGCCCCUCCUCAAACUUUGUCCCUGACACCCAGGAGGACUCCCCGCCCCUCCUCUCUCGCCGUCUCUCCUCUCGGAGCCAGAGCCGUGUGCGUCACAUCAACAAUCGUGCUCGAGAGAGGCAGCGGGAGGCUCUAAAGCCCCGGGACAUGAGCGCCCCCUCCAGCGUGGGAGGGGUAGUGCUGCGUACUAAAGUAGCAGCAUGUCAGAACCCCCUAGCUAACAGACACUCCACAGGCUCUUACAUAGCGGGCUACCUGGACCAGCUGGAGGAAAGGGGGCUGCCUGAGGGGGGGUGCACCACACUGGGGUACGGAUACGGAGAUCAUUAUCAUGAUGACUCUCUGCUGCCCACAGACUCCUGUAUACAAUCAGAACCGGAGGUCUACUUUCUGCUCAGACUCUGAACCCACUUCCUGGUUAUCACCUACAUAGAAUGAUGUAUAAUGUACUUCCAAAACGCAGCAAAUCAGCUUCCUGCUUAGGACCAAGGAAAAAAACAUAUAUCAUGGUUGGGCUGUCCAAUAAUACUUUCAGAUAUAAAGUCAAGUACCUGAUUGGUUCUGACAGUCUUGUCUGUAAAUGUAAAUAUGUUUUUUAUUCUUCUUCAUGUCCUGAUCAGAAUGUUCUUUAAAUGUAGUUUGAACAGACUGUUAAACUACUUCCUACUUUGAUUGUACCCAUUUCCUGUCCUGUCUGUUCUUGUAAUUCUACUUCCUGUUCAAGCUAACGCCAUCUACUAUAAAGCAGAAAAUAAGGAAACUUUACAAAUGUGUUUAACUCUGAAGGGAAGUGUUGUCUUGGUCUUUGUACAUUUUAAAUGUGUAUUAGUAUUAUCAGAGGCCCACAGACAUCAAUGCAAUGUCUAUUCCACGUUAGUUCAACAUUAAAAUGACGUGGAGACAAUGUUGAUUCAACCAGUGUGUGCCCGUUGGGGGACCACUUUUAAGGGAUGGGAUCUGUUGCAUCAAAGAUCUUCCUCAAGUGUUCCUUCUCCUCUGAUUGUCCUCUGUGUGCUGGUGUUGUUGGUACAUAUUCUGCUGUAGAUUUGUUUUUAAUUUAAGGUGUUGUCAUUUAGUUGUUCUGUUUUCUGCAUGUUAAAUAUCCAGCAUGACUAUGCAUCGAUCUGUAGACAUCACAGUGCACUACUAUCUUUUCACAGAAUAAGUAAUAGUGGGAUUGGAUGAAAUACUCGGACUUCUUGCUUGCUCUGACUUCUCACUUUCUAAUAUUUUAAACAUUAUCACAUAUUUGAAACUUUUUGAGUUUCCAUGCUUGAAUUUUUAUUUUUUUUACAAUUAAUUUAAUACAGACUGUAAAAAAAAAGGGUGAAAAUUGGGAGCUGGUUAUUAAAACGUGAUGUUUACAAGAACUGAAACACACAGUGGAAUAGGUAGAUAAGGGUGUUUCGACUAGACCAAGUUGCAUGUUUUUAUUCUUCUUUUCAGUGUUAAACCCAUCCUUUCUUCUUUGUAUGGUCACGCGGAACAUUACUGUGAGCAUUUUCCUACUGAUGUAAUAAAAUUCAUAAAAAAAUGUGA